UGUCCACCUGGAAACUCAUUAUAUUAGCAUUUGCAUGAACUUUUCCCAUUCACUGCACAGAUCAAAAUCCUAUACUAUAUAAGUUUUCUCCUCCACUUAGUUCCAUCAGAGCCUUUUCUACUGUAGUUUCUUGGUGUCCAAACAAAACCCAACUUAGAGUUGAUAGAAAUCACUUUCCGAGGAGUCAUCAGAGACCUGUUAGAUUGUUUGAGAUCAGAAUGACUUCUAAAGGGCAGCAGCAGUUUCCUCCUCAGAAACAGGAUGCGCAGCCUGGAAAAGAACAUGUCAUGAAUCCUAUCCCUCAGUUCACCAACCCUGAUUACAAGCCUUCUAACAAACUUCAAGGGAAGGUGGCUUUAGUUACUGGAGGUGAUUCUGGGAUUGGCCGAGCCGUUUGCCUCUGCUUUGUCCGAGAUGGUGCAACCGUGGCGUUUACCUAUGUGAAGUCUCAGGAGGACAAGGAUGCAGAGGACACUCUGGAGAUGCUGAGAAAGGAUAAGACGCCAGAUGCAAAGGACCCUAUGGCUAUAUCUGCUGAUUUGGGGUUUGAUAAGAACUGCAAAAAGGUUGUUGAUGAGGUGGUGAACGCAUAUGGUCGGAUUGAUAUUCUGGUUAACAAUGCAGCAGAACAGUACAAGGCAAGCAGUGUGGAGGAGAUAGAUGAGGAGAGGCUUGAAAGGGUGUUUAGGACUAAUAUCUUUUCUUACUUCUUCAUGGCCGGGCAUGCUUUGAAGCACAUGAAGGAAGGCAGUUCCAUAAUAAACACAACAUCGGUAAAUGCAUAUAAAGGCAAUGAUAAGCUACUUGAUUACACAGCAACCAAGGGUGCCAUUGUGGCUUUCACUAGAGCCCUUUCACUACAGCUUGUGAACAAAGGCAUACGUGUCAAUGGUGUUGCACCUGGGCCCAUAUGGACUCCAUUGAUACCAGCAUCCUUUGAUGAAGAGGAGACUGCCAAGUUCGGAUUCAACGUGCCAAUGAAAAGAGCUGGCCAGCCUAUCGAGGUUGCACCAUGCUAUGUGUUCCUUGCAUGUAACCACUGCUCCUCCUACAUAAGCGGCCAAGUCCUCCAUCCAAACGGUGGUGUUAUAGUGAAUGCUUGAUAUGGCCAUAUGGGGUUAAGCCAAGCUCUUUGCUUUUAGUGUUUUUUAUU